ACUGAGCAGCAGAAACAGUGGCAGCAUCACAUUUUGUUCCUCUCUUUGCAUGUGUCAACUGGGAUUUCUUUUUUUAUUUAUUUUUUGCCAAAUCAGCGGAGUGAUUUUUGUAAAUUUUAAACUUCGUAAACGUAUUUUCUAACCCGAACGCUUCCAUUUUCUGACUAUAGCCAGGAAUGUAAAGUCAUUAUGGCCGGAUUAGAGCUUUCAUUUAGACAAAGUAAACGAAACUGAACACCGGGGAUGUUUUAGGAUUCGUUUCUGACAGUGAAAAUGGGAAAGAAAAGGGGGAAGGACAAGAGCUCCAGAGAGGAGGAUGAGAUUGACCUGACAGGUCCAUCGUGCAGACAUAUUAAGAAAGGAACAGACCAAACUCUUCUCAAGAAACUUUCAGGCAAUGUUGAUUGGACAAGCUGUCAGGAUUGCAAGCAUGAAGAAAAUAAAGAAAACAUCAGCACCUCUCAGCCGGAGGAGUCUGAAGAGGAAAAAGAAACAGCAGGAAUGUGGAUGUGCUUGAAGUGCGGCCAUAGAGGAUGUGGACGAAAUUCUGAGAACCAGCAUGCCAUUAAACAUUAUGAAACUCCACGGUCGGAUCCACAUUGCCUGGUGAUCAGUUUGGACAACUGGAGUGUCUGGUGUUACAUAUGUGAUGAUGAGGUCCAGUACUCCAGAACGGGUCAUUUGGCUCAGCUGGUGACCAACUUGAAAAAGCAAACGUCUACUGAGCCAAUAAAAAGAGCACCAAAAAAUGUAGAAGAGAAAAAGGACAAUGACUUGUUGGAAGCUGUACAGAAGACAGACACCAUAAAACCAGAGGAAAAUGAGGACAAGGAAAACAAGGAUCACCAAAAGAAAAACAUAAAGAAAGAGGGUGCUGGGAAAUCACAAAAGCACAGCACAAAUGAAGAAAAGUCUGGUGGUGUCUCAGUAAAGGGACUGAGCAACCUUGGAAACACUUGUUUCUUUAAUGCAGUUAUUCAGAACCUCUCCCAAACACAGCUCUUAAGAGAGACUCUCAACAAAGUGACUGAAGAGAAAAUGAGUCUUAACAUUAAACCUGGUGACUCUUCAGAUCUGGAGCCUAUUGUAGUGCAGUUAGACCAGCCUGGAUCCCUGACUUUGGCUAUGUGUCAACUUCUCAAUGAGAUCCAAGAAUCCAAGAAGAGUGUUGUAACACCGCGGGACUUGUUCACACAAGUUUGUAAGAAGGCUGCCAGGUUCAAAGGAUUUCAGCAGCAAGACAGCCAGGAGCUGCUGCGCUACCUGCUGGAUGGAAUGAGAGCUGAGGAGCUUAAAAGAGUAAGCUCGGGGAUAACGGAUGCAUUAAAACAAUCUAGAAAAGGUUUGGAUGGAGAGCAGCUGAAGACACUAGUGAAGGAAUAUGAGAAAAAUGGAGUUCUUAAAAACCUGGUUGACCAAGUUUUUGGUGGGGAGACGACCAGCACCAUAAUGUGUCAGCAGUGCAAAACGGUGUCCGUUGUCACAGAGAUGUUUUUGGAUCUUUCCCUUCCUGUUUCUGAUGAGGCGUACAGAAAGAAGAAUCCAAAAAAAGCAGUUCAAAAGACGAGUGAGGUGAGCCAGGAUGGCAGAAACAGCCCCGCUUUGACCAGUGGAAACGAUGACGUUUCCUCUGGGACUGGCAGCAAGUACCAACAGAAGAAAGCCAAGAAGCAGGCAAAGAAGCAAGCAAAGCAUCAAAAAAGGCAGCAGAAGCUUGAGGGCAGAGUCACUUUGGACAGUCUCACAUCUCACACAGACAGUGAACAGACAGAUGCUGCCACAGAUCUGAAGGAAAAUGCUGACAAUGAAACACAGGAAGAACAAAAUCCUGCCCCAGUCAGUGAGUGUGAGCAGGAUCAGAAGACCCUUGACACGAUCCAGGUGGAGGUGGAAAAAGAAGAAGAAGAUGAGGAUUCAGUGACUGACAACAACUCAUCAGACGUGUCGUCAGUCAGCAACCGUUUUACCAUCUUGUCAGAGGAGCAGCAGACAAAAGACGGCGCCUUGUGCGAUGAAAUAUCCAACAUGGAUCUGGAAGGAGAUGAGAACACACAGCUGGUGAAUGAAAUGGAGAGCGUGACCCUGGAUGAUGCCUUCAUAGAAGACUCUGAUGUUAUGGAACGAAGCGUGGUGUCUGAAGAAGAAGGGCAGGAAGCUAAAGAAUACACAGUGUUAAACCAAGACCCGGAGUUGGCGUUCUGCACACUGGCUACACGGACACCCCCAGAGAAACAGGAAUGCUCGGUGCAGUCGUCUCUUUUUCAGUUCACAGAAGUAGAAACCCUCACGCAGAACAACAGCCUGCUCUGCGUCACUUGCACUAAACAGCAGCUGAAGAAAGACACGGCUGGAGGAUCUAAGAAGAAUAUCUACACUGAUGCCUUGAAACAAAUGCUGAUUUCCUCUCCACCACCAGUCCUUACCCUUCAUUUGAAGAGAUUUCAACAGAAUGGAUACAGCAUUUGUAAAGUGAACAGACAUGUCAACUUCCCUCUGAUACUGGAUCUUGCUCCUUUCUGUGCAGUCAGAUGCAAGAAUAUAACAGAGGGAGAUACUCAGAUUUUGUACAGUUUGUACGGUAUUGUAGAGCACAGUGGAACGAUGAGGUCUGGUCAUUACACGGCCUACGUGAAAGUACGCCCCGGGUGCCCCAAACUAUCGUCCAAUGGAGUUGCAGCAGAUGGAGAUGCAGAGCCACCUAGAGGGUCCUGGUUUCAUAUCAGCGAUACAAGCGUUCAGCCUGUGAGCGAGAGUAAAGUCCAGAGCUGCCAAGCCUACCUCCUUUUCUACGAGAGGAUCCUUUAACUGAACCGUGCCUCAUUACUCAGGAAAUCCAAAUAAACCAACUUGCUGCUUCAGCUCCAUCAUGUAAGCGUGUGAUGAAACGACACUGACUAUACGGAGGAUGUGUUGGACAGUGGUGGCAUAUUCGUCAAAGUGGUGCCACACUAUCCUAAACUGGACAUCUGUUUCUAACGCUCGUGGGAAUAUGGCAAGGUGUGCAAUCAAACUCAAGAUGGACGUUGAACUGAUUGUGUUGUGGGAUUUAAUAGUUUGAAAAGAUAAAUGAAAGUUUGGGAACAACAAAAAAAUGUCUAUUUUUUAAUCAAUAUCAUGUAAUUAAAUGCUUCAAAAUGAGAAGAGCUGUUCUGUGUGCUGGCUUACUGACACUUGUACUGAGCAUGCGCAGUCGGUGCCCGAUAGGUUUUCCUGGUCCACGCUGUCACAUGACGAGAGGGAAGUGUGGCUGUGGAUGGCCAUCUCUACCCACAAUUUACUGAUGGCAGUGUUAUCCAGCUAACAUGGCAGGUCAGUAAACAUCUGAGGUUUUUUUAAAUAAACUCUUUUAAAGUAAA